AACAUAUUUUCUUUCAAUCUGUCAAAUUUCAUACAAAAUAGAAUUUAGAAAAGUUUAGCUACAACACUUGCUUCCGAUGGCAUCGUUUCUUCGAACACUAUCCACCAAUUUACGCAGUGGAUUACCAUUAGCAAAUGUUGCCAGUCGAAUCAAUUCGAUCACAGUGCGGUCACUGUCAUCGGAAGUAACAAAAGCUGAAGACAAGAGACCAUCGGUCCGCAAACCAGAUGAAGCAGCGCGUGUUAAUUUGACAGAUUUUGGAAAAUAUGUAGCCGAAUGUUUACCAAAGUAUGUACAAAAGGUUCAAUUGACGGCCGGUGAUGAAUUGGAAGUUUUAGUAGCUCCGGAAGGUAUUAUUCCAACGCUACAAUUCUUGAAAGAUCAUCACAGCGCUCAGUUUGCCAGUUUGGCUGACAUUGCUGGCAUGGAUGUACCGAGCCGAAAAUAUCGAUUUGAAAUUGUGUAUAACCUGCUAUCACUACGUUACAAUUCUCGAAUUCGUGUCAAAACAUACACAGACGAAUUGACACCACUUGAAUCAGCUUGUGAAGUUUUCCAAGCGGCCAAUUGGUACGAACGAGAAAUUUGGGAUAUGUAUGGUGUAUUUUUCGCAAAUCAUCCUGAUUUGCGUCGUAUUUUAACUGAUUAUGGAUUCGAAGGACAUCCACAACGCCGAGACUUCCCGUUGUCGGGUUACGUAGAGGUACGCUAUGAUGAUGAAAAACAACGUGUAGUAUGUGAACCAUUGGAGUUGGCCCAGGAAUUCCGUAAAUUUGAUUUGUCAGCACCAUGGGAACAAUUCCCCAAUUUUAGAAAUGCGAAUCCAGCGUCGGAAGAAAUUUCCACAAAACAAAUCGAAAAAUAAAACCGCUGAAAAAUUUAUGUAAAAAAAUGUUCAUUAUACGAAAUAAAGAAGAAAGAAAGAAAAAAAAG